GUUAAACAUAGUCCAUAAGCACAUUUAGUCCUAAUUCAUAUUUCAUCGUCUCACUGAAUUUAAGAGAAAGGGAGGAGGAAGAUGCGAGAUUGAACCAAAGACUCCAAUAUCUGGGAAUCGGAUUCCUGAUCGCUCUUAUUCUCUUCACUACUAGAUCUGAGGCGCCUAAUUUUAAUGGAAAUGGAAAUGGAAACGAAGAGCCAGGAAGAAAUUGAAGGGAAGUACGCCGCUGAUAUUUCAUCUAUACGAGCUGCCUAUGCUCGGAUCUCUCCAUUUAUCCACAAAACUCCAGUUCUCACCUCAGAAUCUCUAAAUAUUAUGGCAGGAAGGAACUUAUUCUUCAAGUGCGAAUGUUUUCAAAAGGGUGGAGCUUUUAAAUUCCGUGGAGCUUGCAAUGCAAUGUUAUCACUCGACGAAGAACAAGCAGCUAAAGGAGUUUUAACUCAUAGCAGUGGUAAUCAUGCUGCAGCAUUGGCUUUGGCUGCGAAACUUCGAGGUGUGAAAGCGUAUAUCGUUAUACCAAAAAACGCACCUAAAUGCAAAGUUGAGAAUGUGAGGCGAUACGGUGGACAGAUUAUUUGGAGUGAGGCUAAUUUGCUGUCUAGAGAGGAAACUGCAGCCAAAGUUUUACAAGAAACUGGUGCUGUCUUUCUUCAUCCUUAUAAUGAUGGACGCAUUAUAAGUGGACAGGGGACAAUUUCUCUGGAAUUUUUGGAACAAGCUCCUCAAAUAGACACAAUAGUGGUUCCUAUAAGUGGUGGUGGUUUGAUUUCAGGGAUUGCUUUGGCUGCCAAAUCCAUCAACCCGUCGAUUCGAAUUCUGGGUGCUGAACCUAAAGGAGCAAACGAUGCUGCUCUAUCGAAAUCAGCUGGAAAAAUCAUAAAGUUACAUGAGACUAGUACUAUUGCUGAUGGCCUUCGAGCCUUUCUUGGAGAUCUUACAUGGCCCGUUGUGAGAGACCUCGUGGAUGAUAUCAUAGUUGUGGAGGAUAAGGAGAUAAUAGCCGCCAUGAGACUUUGUUACGAGGUUCUUAAAGUGGCAGUUGAGCCUAGUGGAGCCAUAGGUCUUGCUGCGGUUUUAUCAGACACGUUUAGGAAAAAUCCAACUUGGAAUGAAUGCAGGAAUGUUGGAAUUGUAGUUUCGGGUGGUAACUUAGAUCUUGGUCUACUUUGGAAUUCCAUGGAUAAUUAAAUGAAACAAGAUUUGUCUA